CCUCCCUUACACAGAGUCUGACCCUUCUCUCGGCUGAGCCCCAACCUCUUCUCCAGUUUAUCAGGCUCCACUGGGGCUUUCGGGAUGAGGAGGAUCAGGGCUAAUGCCAUUGCAAUCCUGACCGUAGCCUGGAUCCUGGGCACUUUCUAUUACUUAUGGCAGGACAACAAGCCUCAUUCAGCAGCAUCCAGCAGAUCUCCUAGCAGCAGCGGCAGGAAUGGGCAGAGAUCAGCUGCGAGGCUGGAGAGCCACAGGGAAGAUGGGACCAUCCCCCUCACGGUGACUAGAGUCCCCCAAGCAGAGAAGAGCAGCCUGAGGGGUUUGGAUGAAAAGGCUUACCUGUCCUCCAAGCUGUUGAAGGCCGGAGAAGACCCAUACCGACAACAUGCUUUUAACCAGAUGGAGAGCGACAAACUCAGCAGUGACCGGCCCAUUCGAGACACAAGGCAUUACAGAUGUGCUUCUGUGCACUAUGACGCUGACCUGCCAGCAACCAGCAUCAUCAUCACCUUUCACAACGAGGCUCGCUCCACCCUGCUCCGCACAGUGAAGAGCGUUAUGAACCGCACCCCUGCCAAUCUCAUUCAGGAGAUCAUUUUAGUGGAUGACUUCAGCUCAGAUCCUGAGGACUGCCAGCUCCUUACCAAGAUCCCAAAGGUCAAGUGUCUACGCAACAGUCGCCGAGAAGGGCUGAUUCGCUCUCGAGUGCGAGGGGCUGAGGUGGCGAUGGCUGAGGUUCUCACCUUCCUAGACAGUCACUGUGAGGUGAACAGCGAGUGGCUGCAGCCGAUGCUUCAGAGAGUGAAAGAGGAUUAUACCCGGGUGGUGAGUCCAAUCAUCGAUGUGAUCAGCCUGGAUAAUUUUGCCUACCUGGCAGCCUCAGCCGAUCUGAGGGGAGGGUUUGACUGGAGCCUUCACUUUAAGUGGGAGCAGAUCCCUAUAGAGCAGAAGAUGUCCAGAACGGACCCAACCCAGUCCAUAAGAACACCUGUCAUAGCGGGAGGCAUCUUUGUGAUCGAUAAGUCUUGGUUUAACCAUCUGGGAAAAUAUGACACUCAGAUGGACAUCUGGGGAGGAGAGAAUUUUGAGCUCUCCUUCCGAGUAUGGAUGUGCGGUGGCAGCUUGGAGAUUGUUCCCUGCAGUCGAGUCGGCCAUGUGUUCAGGAAACGCCACCCCUAUGACUUUCCAGAGGGCAAUGCACUGACCUAUAUCAAGAACACCAAACGCACAGCAGAGGUGUGGAUGGAUGAGUACAAACAGCACUACUACGAGGCCCGGCCUUCUGCCAUUGGGAAGUCAUUUGGAAGUAUUGCAGACCGCAUGGAGCAACGCAGGAAACUAAACUGUAAAUCCUUCCAGUGGUACCUGGAGAAUGUCUACCCAGAGCUCAAGGUUCCUGAAAAGGAGCUGGUUCCUGGGAUUAUCAGACAAGGAGGACAUUGCCUGGAGUCUUGGGGCCAGGACACAGCAGGAAAUUCUGUAGCUGGUGUGGGAAGCUGCAAAGGGACAGUGAACAAUCCCCCUGUCAGCCAGGAGUGGGUCUUCAGUGACCCUUUAAUUAGACAGCAGGACAAGUGUCUCUCCAUCACCUCCUUCUCCACCGGAUCUCAGAUUACACUGGAAGCAUGCAAUCAGAAAGAUGGCAGACAGAAAUGGAAGAUGAAAGGCAGUUUCAUUCAGCAUUUUGUCAGCGGCCUCUGCCUGGAAAACCAGUCCAGCAGGGUGGUGACCAACCCAUGCCAAUCGGAUAGACCCGGCCAACAGUGGGAGCUGCUACAAGCCACAUGAUGAUAGCCCGGAAACCUCUCUGUUUCUUUUUGCAUGAGACUUUGGGAAUGGAAAGGGUUAGGGUGGGGAGUAAAGGUUUAUUAUUUCUAACCCUAAUGUUUCGAUUGUGAUCAUCAGUAAGUCACCAUUUCAGCUGAACAUUCACUGCUUUUGAACUUUUAAGAAAGAAGUCAGGGGAGGGGGGAUAAGAAGUGGCACGGAAAUUGAUCCAUCUGUUUCUUCUCCGCUGUAUGUAUGACAUCCUCAUACAACAGCAAUCAGAGGUAGAAGAGGCCACAGCCCAAUAGCCGAAUAGAGCUCAAAGCGACAAGUACUGACUAACAGUUCUCUCCUUUCUUUGCAUUGAAAUUUAUGACCUUCAGUCCUGUGAAUUCCAUGUAACCAGUGCUCUUGAUAAUGCUUCUACAAACUCUUGGUGGCUCCUGGACUGCACUGGCUUUCCUCUGUAACAUCUUGUGUUAUUUUUGUGUGUUGUCUCAAACUGCUGCAAUGAAGUUGCUUUGUGGGAAAUGCAGCAUGACUAUUGCAUGGGUUGGGAGAUGGGCAGUGGAUCUUAGGGGCAGGGACUGUGUUGGGACAGGGCCUAGCACACGGAGGCAUCAUUCUUGGUUGUCUGCAGGCACUGCCUUUGUACUCAUAAUUUGUAAAAUGGAUGGGGAAUGGACAGGGGGGCAAUGGGGAAAGGUUUGUAAUUGUGCAGUGUUCCACUGGAUCAUGUCAAAGUCAUUCCUUCCAGAGAUUCUUUGUACAGCUUCCCAUUUCCUAUGGCAAAUAGCCAUGAUGGUCAGGAAGGCUUCCAUGGUGAGAUCUUAGAGAGGCCAAUACCAUUGCAGUAGGUGGUAAUCCAAACCCAGCUCUCAUUAACCGGUCAGAUUGGUGUGCUUCAUAUGACCGAGUCCUAGGAUAGGAUGCAAGCUUCUUAUGAAAUACCAGUAUCUGUAUAACAGCCCCUGCUCUUGUACCCUACACCCAGGAAACCGAUGAAAUAACCAGGCUCUAGCCUGUGCAUGUCCUUCCUCCCCUAGUGUUAUUCUGCUGUGAGUUGACCUGACAUUCAGAAGAUGACUGGCUAAACUCUGGGAUAUAGGAGGUUGCUGGAAGUUACUCUGAGACUGGUAGAUCUGAUGCUACAACUGCUAGGAAAUGUCCGUUAAGCCCCACCCUGAAGGCAUUCCAUGGCACUGCACUGACAGUGUGUGUUGGUGUAUUCUGUGAUGACAGGCCAAGCAAUGUUGGGAGGGAAGGGUUGGAGGGAGCCCGUGUUGCUUCCGUCCGCCUUUCCUCGGCUGGGAUGCACUAACACAGAGAGAGCGCAACUCCCUGGGUAAUUACCGUGUUCUAACUGGAGGUCAUGCCAAAGGAGCGCAGUGAAAUAGCAACGUGUGCGUGCAUGUGCUGCCCAUAUGAAUACAGCCUGGGGUAACAGCUCUCCCUUUGCUAACCUUCACCCUCUCUCAAAGACAGGCAGCUAAAAGGUUUGAGGAUUUUGCUACUCUUCUUUUGUUAGCUCUUCCCAGCUGAGAAGACCAACUUUUUCUCCAGAGGGUUAGUACUCAUCCACCCACCUUCCCUUUUCUGCUCACUCUCCAUUCCAUUAGUGCUCACAUUAGGGCACUUCCUUGUGCUCUCUCUCACUUCUGAAUGGGGAUGCAAACACUCUGCAUGUGUGGUGACUCGCACCCCAACCCUUUCCAUUUUCAUCCAUCAUGCACAGGUGGGCAAGAAUUCACCCCUCUGCUAUUGGCACAAAGGGGCUCUGAUCACCAGAAUCUGCUAUUCCUAACCCUUCACUGCCAGGCAGACAAAGUGUGGCCAUAAAGGCCUCCAGUUCUUCUUUUACUUAACUGAAUAUGGUGCGGACAGGUCUGGCACUGGGAAUACUUGUGUAUCCCAAGUUGUGAAGGAGUUAACAGAGCUGAGCCUUUUUCUUCUUCAUCCAGGAGACCAAAUGUCUCCUAAAGAAAUAGCAUCAGGAUACAAAUCCGUACAUAGAGAACAAUCUGUCUGUGCUACAUACCUAGGAUUAUCAAAAUAGGGGAAACAUUAAAAAUCUAGGAGAUUUUUCUUAUGCUGUUUGCUUUUUACAAAUAAACAGCCAGUUUCACUUUUUGUUUCUAACUAAUAUCCCUUUGUUUUCUGGGAAACCCCAGUUGUGCAUCGGGUUUGAGUUCCCAGGGUUGCAGGAGGUGGUUUACAUCUGGGAAAAAAACCAAAAUUGUUUGAGUUGACAAGCCUAUUAAACCCUUUGUAUUGCUGUUGGAUUUUGUAAUCCUCACAACCACCACUGGAACCCAGCAAAUAUAGCAAAACAAUGAGUGUAUUUCUUUAAAUUCUAAACAGCUGUUUGCUUUGACCAUAUAUGUGUCUUCUUUUUAAUUCUCUAUUCACAAAUGAUUUAUCUGCACACUGUUUGGAAAAUGGUAGCUCUUUGUACCUGUAUCCGCAUGUGAAUAAGAGUGCUCAUGUGAAAACAAGAGGAUUCAUCAUUUGCUGUUAUUCUUUGGUUUAAAAAAAGAAGUUUGUCAUCCAGACAGGUUGUAGAAUCCAUACCUGAGCAGUAGAUAAAGCAUCCAGAGUCUGAACUUUUGGGUUCUUUUCUGACUCUGUCAAAGUGUAUGACUUUGAGCAAGUCACUUAACCUCUCUAUAGUUCAAUUUCCUUAUUUUAAAAAUGGGGAAGAAAUACAGAACCUAUUUCAUAUGGGCGCCAUGUGAAUUAAUUCAUUAGUGUUCAUAAAGUACUUUAAGAUUCUCAGAUGACAGGUGCUCAAGAGGUUCAAAGUAUUUAUCCUUUAUUAGCUUGUGUUUUGUUUUUCCAGCAUAUUGAAAACUGGAAGUCUGUGCUGGUUCAGGAUAACAUUCACUGGCUGAUAUGUCUUUUCAGUGUAGCUAGCCAUCUUGGUAAUGUCCUUGGAUGAAUCUGGUGAGUGACAUGCAUGGCGAAUGAAAACUCAGUUGGCCAUUCCCCACUCCCAUAUGGGGCAAGUUCCAUUUGGUGCAGCAUUACCUCUAUGGGAGGAGGGAGUGCUGGGCAGAGUCCAAAUGUAGUGCUACCUUCUCCUCCUGUGUCCUGCAGAGAUGCUUCAGUGCCAUGCAAGUGCACAUCAGAAGGAUGAAGAAGAGCAAGGGCAAGGUCUUAGGGACAGAGAAAGAGAGAACGAAUACAGGGAGAAAGAGGAAGAGGCAGGGCCAUCCUUAGGAUUUAUGGGGCCCUAUGCUCCACUGAAAGUGGUCCCCAGCUAGUGCUGCUGACCCCAGUGUGUUAAGGGGCCACAGCCACCACCCCUACCCGCAGACCCCCAGAAACCUCCUUCCCUGCCCCCCAUUGCUGACACACACCGAGUUUCAUACACAGCAGACGCUGCGGCAGUGGCUCAAGGCAGGUUUCACGCUGUCACAUGGGGGUUGCAUCUUGCCAGAGCCCACCGCUCUUCUGCAGCCCCUCGCCACUCCUGGCUCAUCACCUGCAUUUUGACAGGAAGUACCAAGUAGUCAUAACAACAAUAACAAGCGUGUGUGUGUGUGUGUGCG